CCAUGGCUCCAAUACGCUCAACCCACUCUUUCAUGGUUUUGCCAAUAUUUUUAUUGUUUGUGAUAGUAAUCCCGUUUUCUACUCCCUUGGAAUUCAAUUUUCCAGAAUUUGGAGAACAACACAAGAGCAAGCUGAGAACUCAAGGAAACAUCACUUACUUGGGUUCAGAAAUCGAACUCACCACCGCAAACAAAACUGACCAAAUCGGCCGAGUCACGUACCUCGAAGCGUUGCACCUUUGGGACAACUCAACAGGGUCAGCAGUCGUCGCGGAUUUCACCACGGAUUUCUCCUUCAUCGUCCAUGCCGAUAAAAAGCCGAACGGAGAUGGGAUUGCCUUCUUCCUUGCGCAGCCUCCAUACGAUAUUCCAAAGGUAACAGACGGGAGUGGAAUUGGAUUGGUGAGCUCUGAGGAGAGAGAGUCAACUUCAUAUUCGUUAGUUGCGAUAGAGUUCGACACUUUGCGGAACCAGGAUUUUGAUCCUGAAGACCUUGAUGAACAUGUAGGUAUAGAUGUGAAUUCAGUGAAAUCUAAGAGGACUACAAGAUGGUCUUGUGAUAUCACGUCAUGGAAUAUAUAUAAUGCUACUAUAAGUUACAAUUCUAGAAGGAAGAAUUUAAGUGUUUUGUUCACGGGUUAUGAAGAGAAAGUCCCUGUUCAACAACAACUUUUUUAUGAAAUAGAUUUGGCAUUUUAUUUACCUGAGUUGGUUAGUUUUGGCUUUUCAGCUGCGAAUGGACUAUUCACUUCGCGGCAUAUUCUUAGGUCAUGGUCUUUUAAAUCUCAUGAUUUUGUUACAAAGCCUGGGAAAGAAAGCUCAGAUUCUAAGAAGACGGGAUUGGUGGUGGGAUUGAGCGUUGGCGCUUUUGUAAUUCUUGUUACAGUGCUAUGUUUGAUUGGUCUUGUCUUGUGGAAGAAGAGGACUAAAAAAGAAAUUGGUGAUGAUGAUGAUGAUGAUGAUUUGGUUUUUGACUUGUAUAUGGAUGAUGAUUUUGAAAGGAACAGCGGCGCUCGGAGGUUUUCUUACGACGAAUUGCUUGUCGCGACAAACAACUUCGCAGAGGAAGAGAAGCUUGGGCAAGGAGGAUUUGGUGGAGUCUACAGAGGUUUUCUGAAAAGCUUGAACUCUUAUGUUGCCAUCAAGAAGGUCUCUAGUGUCUCCAAUCAAGGAGUAAAGGAGUAUGCGUCAGAGGUGAAGAUCAUAAGCCAAUUAAGGCACAGAAAUUUAGUUCAACUCAUAGGCUGGUGCCAUAGGAAGAAAGAUCUCCUCCUAAUCUAUGAGUUUAUGCCGAAUGGAAGCCUAGAUUCUCACCUCUUCAAGCGAAAAAGCGUGUUGACAUGGGCAACGAGGUACAACAUAGCUCGGGGCAUGGCGUCGGCGUUGCUGUAUUUGCAUCAAGAAUGGGAACAGUGUGUGCUGCAUAGGGACAUAAAAGCGAGCAACAUAAUGUUGGAUUCGAAUUUCAACGCGAAGCUCGGCGAUUUCGGUUUGGCCAGGCUAGUGGACCAUGACAAAGGGUCACAAACUACAGCCUUGGCCGGGACAUUAGGCUACAUGGCCCCUGAAUGUGUCACCACAGGAAGGGCCAGUAGGGAAUCCGAUAUAUACAGUUUCGGGGUCGUGGCAUUGGAAAUAGCAUGCGGAAGAAAAGCCAUUGAGCCUAAUGAAAGAGAAGACGAAACCAUAAUAGUGGAAUCGGUUUGGGAUCUAUACGGCGCGGAUAAGAUUCUUGAAGCGGCUGAUCCGACCCUUUGCGGGGCGUUCAAUGAGCAACAGAUGGAGAGACUUAUGAUUGUUGGGCUAUGGUGUGCUCACCCAGAUCACAAGUUAAGGCCUUCAAUAAAGCAAGCAAUUCAUGUGCUUGAUUUCGAAGCUCCUUUGCCGGUUCUCCCGAGUCAUAUGCCUUUACCAUCCUAUCUGCCUUGUUUAGUUUCAUCUUUUCAAGAUUCCGGUACAGGUAGUACGAGUGCAUUUCAGAUUGGCGGGACUCAGCCUUCAAGCAAUACGAGUCAAUACACGACUUCUUCACAAUGUACAGACACAUCCUCUGGGGCAUCUGCUCCUUCCAUGGCACUUUUGUCUUAUACUUGUCCCUAGUACACCUCAAGAUGAGUAUAAUAUGUUAAUCUAUGUGGCUUAAAAAUCUUACUCUGCCUUUAAAAAUCAACUAAAGGUAGAGUAAGACGAAUUUAGAGAUUCCCGAUCCUAUUCCUCAUU